AUGGGUCUCUUCUCAUCCAUAAGAUCCAAGGCAGGCAUGUCCAAGUCGGAGAGCGGCUGGAACUCGGAGUCUUCCGCCGAUGAAAAAGACAGCCACGGCGCCGGCACUUUCCUCGCGACCAGCAACCUCGACGUGCACGCGCUCGGCUACGACACCAACCAGGCGCUCACCGGCAAGACACUCGAAAACAUUGCCGUCCGCCGCGUCGAGUCAGGCGAGACGGAGUACGUCUCGAUGCGGCAAAAGAAGAGCUCCAACUCGUGCGCGCUGGUCCGGCCCUCGGACCCGGACCGCACGCUCAUCUCCACCAUCUACCGCUUCGGCCCCGGCCGGCACCCCACGAUGCGCCUGGUGCCCGCCAACGCCCGCGUCUCCGUCGACGCCGCCCUGCUCGACAAGAGCGUGCCGGGCGCGGCCGUCGACGUCAGGAGCCGCUCCUUUGUCUCGCGCGCCCAGGUCCUGGACACGCCGCGCGGUGCGUUCCAGUGGCGCUACGGCAGCCGCGAGGAGCGCAAGGCGUGCCGUGCCGACUCCCUCCUCGUCAUGGAGCGCGUGGGCGGUGGCCGCGUCGCGCAGCUGGUUCGGAAUGAGGAGCUCCGCACGCCAGGCACGGUGAGGGACUCGGGCGGCAACGGCGGCCGCUUGAUGAUGGACCUGCACGAGUGGGAGAAGGCCGACAAGGGGAGCGUCGCCGAGGUCGAGGCUUUUGUCGUCGCGGGCUGCUUGUUGAUGCUCAAGAGGGAGGCGGACCGCUUCAUCGAUAAUACUAUCGCCGCCGUGGUAUGA